CUCGACUAAGCCAACGGUCUGAUAAACACAUUGACUCUAUGGCUCCUCUGUAGUUGGUCAGUUCUUAAUAUCUGGCGCACGCUAAUCUCCCAUCUCAUCCAUGCUAAUAUACCACCAUGUUAUUAUCUCACCUGGCGCGCGCUCAUAUGUCAGGCAACUGGUCAUAGAGAUAAGCGAUAGAUAAGCGAUGCUUCAUGAGCCACAAGGCUUAGAAUCCUAGUUGUUUGCUAGGUAACCGAGCUGUCUACUCAAACGCAGCGAUUCGCCUCUAGCAGCCCACGUAGGAUUGGGACAGCUGCAUCCUGCGGUAUAGAUCUGAUGUGCUGAGCAUCAAUGAGCUGACAGAUCGUCUAUAUUAAAGACUCAUGCAAGCCCGGGAGCUCGAGCAAUUUUCUUGAUAUCUGUCGUGCCUGAAUCCGUCCCUUCCGCUCCUUCUCCGAAAAGCAAUCACGAUAUGGAGCGACAGGCGGCGCUAUGCGUUGCAAUCGGCAUGGCAAUAUGGGUUCUACAGUUGGCCUACAAUUCGCUCAGGUCUCCCCUUCGUCAUAUACCCGGGCCAUUGUACACGAGAGCAACUAGACUGCCACUGAAGAUAUCGAUCAUCACGGGGAAGCGCAUCUACUUCAUCCAUGACCUUCACCAAAGAUAUGGACCAGUGGUUCGUAUCGCCCCGGAUGAGGUGUCUAUCUCGUCGCUACCGGAGUUUAAGGAAAUUCAUCGUGCUGGGUCGGCAUUCUUGAAAACUGCGUGGUAUCAGAAAACCACAUUCGACCGAAAGCCGGGAAUAUUUGCCAUGCGCGACCCCAAGGAACAUUCCGCACGUCGGAAGUUGCUUGCGCGGCCGUUUGCAAAGUCGGAGUUGCGACGGACGUGGGAACCGGUGGUGAAGGAAAAAGUCCACUUAGCUGUGUCGCAGAUACGACGAGAAUUGCUAUCCACGGGAAGAUCCGACGUGCUGAAAUGGUGGACCUUUUUCGCUACCGAUGUCAGCGGACACUUGAUGUUUGGCGAGUCAUUCGGCAUGCUUCAACUUGGCAGAAGAACCAAAUAUAUCGAUGCCCUAGAGUCCAUAAUGAAGGGCGGUGGGAUCAAUGCAGAGCUACCCGUCGUGGGACUCAUAGGGCGACAUAUUCCGCAUCCGUCCUUCAAGGCCAUGUUUCGCUCCAGUGACUAUCUUUCCGAGUAUGGAGGGCGUGCGGUCUCCAACAGCCGAACGAAUAGCAUGUCCACUCGGAACAUCUUUACCGGCAUGCUUACCGAAUCGGAGAAAGAAAGCGGCACACUUACUGAAGAGGAUGUGGUAACUGAGGCUGGGAACCUGAUCGUGGCCGGCUCGGAUACCACGGCCGUUACGCUGACGUACCUGGUAUGGGCGGUGCUGUUGCAGCCAGCGCUUCAGCACGAUCUUGAAGAAGAAGUCGGUAGAGUGGACCCAUCUUACAACGAGGCUGCGCUGGAGGAGCUGCCACUAUUGAAUGCUGUCAUCAUGGAGACUCUAAGACUGUAUGGAGCAGCCCCAGGGUCGUUGCCUCGCAGUGUCCCGCAUGGCGGAGGGAUUUUCGGCGGAUAUCGUAUGCCUCAGGGCGUGACAGUCAGCACACAGAGUUACACAAUCCAUCGCGACGAGACUCUGUAUCCUGAUCCUGAGAGCUUUGAUGCGACUCGAUGGCUACCGGGCGAUGGGCGUGACUCGGACGCAGCAAGGCAAGGACUUUCACCCUUUGGACAUGGAUCGCGAGGCUGCCUUGGGAUCCAUCUGGCGUGGAUGGAACUUCGCCUAGCGGCCGCCGAGUUCUUCCGGGAAUGUCGGGGGGUACGAUUGGCGCCCAGCGCGACGUGGGAGAGCAUGAAGCCGGAGAACUAUUUUCUGAUUUCUCCGUGUGGGCAUCGGUGUGAAAUUAUGCAUGGGUAA